AUGCUUCCAGAUUCCAUCGACUUCCAACAAGACAUGCAGAUGUUCAAUAACAACGGGAAUUCCACGUAUACGUUCAAGGCCCAAUAUUCGAAUGGCUUCGGCUUGGAUCGGUUCCAACAGCACCAGUUGCAAGACUCCGCGGGAGUUGACUUGUCUGUUGAUUACAAAGAUUACUACGACCACUGGGUUGAUCCAGAAUUCGCAUAUACCCAAACCUGGUGGAACCCUGGCGUCUAUGAGAAGGUUGAACAGAGAAGGAUGGGAGCAUUGGAUCGUUCGAGAAUACUUACGGCCGACAACAUACCCAUCAAUGGCUUAACUCUCUCUCGUCGAGUGUUGGCAAACAUACUCUCAGUUUGUGACCCCUUCGCUUCGUGGACGGGGACUUACAAAAACACAUUCAUAGCAUCCAAAUAUCGUUCAUCGUUCAGUGCGUUCAAAUCCAAUGCCUGGCGUACCACUAGCGACGACAGCACUACUGCCUUCCACGCCCACAAUGCUGUUCGGUACUUCGGUUCCUUUUUAGGCGUCGCCGGCAGUGCCGGCAACAUCCCAGCUGUCCUUGCUCUUACCAUCGGUGGGGCUGGUGUUGGUGGAAUUGUAGCGUCCACGGUUUUCCGUUCCAAGGAUGCCCCUGGUUAUAGGCCCGGACUAUGGGUCGCUAUCAGCGCACAGUUCGUCAUCAUCCUCACUACUUGUGCCCUCACUGUGUUCUACCACUACAAGAACAAGGCUGUCCGCGAAGGCCGUGCUCCACCAAUCGAGGGGCGCCCAGGAUUCUAUCGUAUGUACUGA